GCAACACUAAAACAGUGAGCCAUCGCCCUGUUAACUGUGUCAUGGCGGUUUGACUAUUUGAUGGUUUUUUUGCAAUAACUUAAAGUUAAUGUGCUUUUUAGCAGUGUAAUCUUUCAUUUUUAGUGUUCGAAAUUAUAAAAUUCAAAAUAUUCAAUAAUGCGCGAAUACAAAAUAGUCGUACUAGGUAGCGGAGGCGUGGGAAAAUCCGCCUUGACAGUACAAUUCGUACAAGGCAUCUUCGUGGAGAAAUACGACCCCACCAUAGAAGACAGCUAUCGAAAACAAGUGGAAGUCGACGGGCAACAAUGUAUGCUCGAAAUUCUGGAUACGGCCGGCACAGAACAGUUCACGGCGAUGAGAGAUCUGUACAUGAAGAACGGGCAGGGUUUCGUACUGGUGUACUCGAUCACGGCGCAGUCGACGUUCAACGACCUGCAGGACCUGCGGGAGCAGAUCCUGCGAGUGAAAGAUAAGGACGACGUGCCCAUGGUGCUGGUGGGCAACAAGUGCGACCUGGAGGCGGAGCGCGUGGUGGGCAAGCAGCAGGGGGCGAACCUCGCCAACAACCACUUCAACUGUGUCUUCAUGGAGACCUCCGCGAAGGCCAAAAUCAGUGUAAACGAAGUGUUCUACGACUUAGUGCGACAGAUCAACAAAAAGUCCCCCAAGGAGGAGAAGAAAAAAGGGGGCAACAGAAAGUUUCACAACUGUCAACUUCUGUAAGGGUCGUGGCGCUUCCGACGCAUUUAGGUAUUAUAAUAUUUUAUAAUUGAAAGACUUCUCGUACCCGGAUUUGGCUCUGAUAGUCCCAAAAGUAAACUCGGUGCACGAGCAUGGUCAGUUAAUACCUGCAUUUCACAAUGUGCAUUUCAUUUGUGAUCCCGUGCUGCGAGAGUGGAAAAUGCACAGACAUCAAAUACAAGUUACUCUAUAGUGAUUUUAACAAAAUCACACAAUAAUAAUUAUAAAUUAAACUACUCGUAAAGGCAUUGUCUAGUAUAGAAACUUACUAUUGUUUUUAUGUAAAGAGGGAAAUCCUACUUGUGUAUAAAGUAGUUAUCUCCUUGGAUUGCCUGUUUAUAUAUUUUGGAAACACGUUUUUAAGAUUCUGUGCGUGUUUCACUCUAGAAAUUUCCGUAUUUUAUGUCUGGUUUAAGAGACUAAUUGUGCUAAAAUUGAGCUGUGAAACCAAAGUAUUACAGUAUAUCUUGUCCUCUGCACCCCAUUAGCUCCGACUAGACUUCUCCUCCAGCCUUCUCGUAACGACCUUAUUAUACUGUGGUAUAAUGUAGUUUUACUUUGAUUUUAUUGUUCAAAUUUAGGAUAAUUAGCUCCUUAUUUAUGCUACAUUCAGAAGUUUAAAAGUACUAAGAGUUUGACUAUAAUAAUAAUUUAAAAUAUCUAAUGCUUUUGCCAUUAGAUGUUUUUUAUAGUAUAUAUUCAAAAUUUAAUCUCUUAACUGUUUUUACAAUUCUCUGUUAGACAGUGAUUAAGUAGUAAUAGGAGAAUUUGUUAAAACUAAUAAUCUAUGCAUUAAAGUGUAAAUAAUUAUAAAAAUUCCAAAUAUAGAAUAAAAACAAUUAGUGUUUUUACUUUUUUGUGGGCAUUGUAGGUAGAAUGACUUGGUAAUUUUGAUAUCGUAAUAAGGUUUGGUAGUAGAAUCCCCAAUGUUUAGAACAUUUUACAUAAAUAUUUAUAUGAAUUAUAUCAAUUUUAUAAUGUUAUUGUGAAAUCCAAAGUUAAAAAAAUUUGGUAAGCUUUUUCUUGGUUCAGCUUUAGAGGGACACUCCAUUUAAAUGACUCUAUGUAAACAAAGAAGUAAUGUACCUACUCAUAAAAAACAUACAUUACCUUUAUUGUUCUUUAUUCUACAAGACUAAUAAUUAUGUAUUCAAACAUUCCUUACAUAUUUAUCAUUAACAAUCAUCAUACUAACAGCAUAAUCUCCAUCAUCAUACUAAUAUGCCUUUAUCCUCUAAGAGUAAACAACUUUUUUUACUGAAUACUUAUGCAUAAUUUCCUAAUAUGUACUUGAUCACUGCUCUAACCUAUUUUGUCCACUCGUCAAGUGUGUACCGCACGGGAGUCGCCCGUAACUUAGUGCCAGCAGGCCUUAACCAGUGUAUAAUGUUUAAUAUUAAGGAUACAUUAAAUUUUUUCAGAUAUAUUAUUGUCUUGUUAUAUAAUAAAAAUGUAUGAGAUGGAAAGUUGCGCAACACUAGGUAUUGGUAACCUUCGUUAGUGAGCCUUAGAUGCACCCUGCCAAUGUAUUGUCCGGUGUCCGUAUGUUGUAUAUUAUGACGAUCGUCACUUCCUAAAUAAAUUAAAAAUAAAAAAAAAUUGUUACUCUAAUUGGAUAAAUUUUUAUUACUGGCUCAUUUAGUGUGACUUACCAACGUGUUGCUCCUAAAACUUUGUUGAAGUAAAUAUAAUAGAUGUUCAAAUAUUGUUAUGGAGUUAGAUGUUUCCUUGACUGUCAUUUCUGUUUAUAUGUAAGUUACAGCACAAGGAUAUUGGUAAUGACUUGAUCUGAGUUGAAUUAUAUUUUUAUAAAUAUCGUGCAAAAAGAACUUGUAUAUUUUUAUCUUUUCAAUUAAUAAUCGACAUGUACAAUUAAUUUUCUUUUUUUGCAAAUUUAUCAAUAAAACCAAUUUUAAACUUCA